UGCAAUCAGUGUCAGUCGUACGGACAGCAGGACUCAUCAUACAGUAAACUGGAAGGUCAACAGGGCAGCAUGACAUCAUCUCAAAAGGUCUACCUUUUUCUCGGGGUUUUCCUGAGCACCAUAAACCUGUCGAAGUGCGGCUGUGAGGACUAUUUUGCUCUGAGCGAGUGGGAUUUGAAUAAGAGUAUUGCUCUUAUAAAUGCCACGAAGUCAGAGGACAUAGUGAGGUGUUCUUUAUGGAAUUUUUGCCACAGCUCAGGAUGCACUAAAGGAAAUCCAUUGUGCUGCAUUUACGAACAGUGCGAUUACAAAACUGAGACUAAUUUUGAAGACAAUUGUUCAAACGAGUCUCUUGGGAAUGUUACUAUGUUUCACAUCAGAUGCAUCGUAGCCAAAGAACGAAAUAAGACCAACAACGUUUCUCAAGAAUGUGGAGACUAUGACCAACUCAUCAACCUGUACCCAAAGAUCUUCCCGAAACCCGAAGAUGAAAGAACAACAACAACAAUGAAAUCAACCACAUCUGAGGAGACACCAAGAACAACAUCGCAACUAUAUACAACAAGCAUCCACACAACAUCCCUCCUAGGGGUGUUUCCUUAUAAACAAAACAAAGAUGAAAGAACAACAACAACAAUGAAAUCAACCACAACUGAGGAGACACCAAGAACAACAUCGCAACUAUAUACAACAAGCAUCCACACAACAUCCCUCCUAGGGGUGUUUCCUUAUAAACAAAACAAAGAUGAAAGAACAACAACAACAAUGAAAUCAACCACAACUGAGGAGACACCAAGAACAACAUCGCAACUAUAUACAACAAGCAUCCACACAACAUCCCUCCUAGGGGUGUUUCCUUAUAAACAAAACAAAGAUGAAAGAACAACAACAACAAUGAAAUCAACCACAACUGAGGAGACACCAAGAACAACAUCGCAACUAUAUACAACAAGCAUCCACACAACAUCCCUCCUAGGGGUGUUUCCUUAUAAACAAAACAAAGAUGAAAGAACAACAACGACAAUAAAAUCAACCACAACUGAGGAGACACCAAGAACAACGUUGCAACCAUAUACAACAAACAACUGGACAACAUCCCACCCAGGUGGUAAUCACAAAUCAGACCCAGAAAAGUACAACGGAGAAAAAGAGACUGAACAACUCAAAGUAAUGGAAAAUUUGGCCUUCAUAAUUUUUCUGAUUGUGUCCGUGAUCCUCAACAUCAUCCUGCUGAUCAACACGUAUUGCUACCACCGAAAUAAACGGGGCUGGAGUCUGCAGAGCGCACAGAAUGGCAUACAUGAAAUGACAGAUAAUCUGACGAUUUCUGAAACUACAAGCGUAAAUAUGAAUGGGACAAUGGCAAACCUCGACUCAAAUGGAGCCAUGCACCAGAGAUUUACUACUCCACCCAGCAAUUUUUACCCCCCACAUAAUCCAAUUUAAUCAUCGGAGUGACGCUGGAGCCAAUUCCAGUUGCCAUCAGGCGAGAUGCAAGGUUCCCCCAUAGCAGGUCGCCAGGUCAUCACAAGGCCAACCCAAAUGACUCUCAUGCACAUACUCACUCCUAAGGAAUUCACCAUUUAACCAAACAUGAAUGUAUUUGAACUGUGUGAGGUAACUGGAGUACUUUAAAAGGGCCCACAGGUGCAUGGGGAGAAGGCGUUAAGCUCCUGGGUUUGCUAUGAACUGGCAGCAUUUGGGGAUGUGGAUAUGAAGAGAAGCUCUGCAGCGUUUUUUCCUGCAACAGACAAAAAGGGAGAAGGACUAAAAGAGACAGCAAACCAGUUCCCUAAGAAAGAUGGCAUUGUCUAUUAAUAUGUUUUUUUUUUUUUUUGGAAGAACAUAUCAAAGACAGCAUCACUCCAUUUGACAGAAUUCAGAGACACUGGUGAGAAAACGUUUCCUCCCAGGCUAGUUGGAUCUGAUCCAGAGUCACUUGAUGUGAAAAUUAGUUGCAUGGUUUGCCAAUGAAGAACCUUUAACUAUAAUGUCUGGGAUUGAAUUCAGAUGUAUUGAAUUGUGUCACAACGUUAUCAUAAGAAGAAUUCAGAUGGAGAGAGUGGCCUGAGUGGGCAAGGCCCGCCCAUCCAAGAACUAGCCUUUGUAUUUAGUUAAUAUCAUUUCAUGUUUAAUUAUUAAACAGUUAAUUUUUACAGAAGUACUAAAAGAACAUAAAUAGAAUCAGUUUCUGAGACGAUUUAUUUCUAUUUUCAAGUUAUGAGUGUGUCCACUAAAUAUCACACGGUGCACGGUGGUGUGGUGGUUAGCACCGCAGCCUCACAGCAAAAAGGUCGCUGGUUCGAGCCUCGGCUGGGGGGAGGUUCGAACCUUGGGGGUGGUGGCCUUUCUGUGUGGAGUUUGCAUG